CGAGUCAGCGCCUUCACGGAGCACUUUAUCUGUCUUGGAGAGUGGCGGAGCCGAGGCGUAACAUUUUGAAAGGUUGUGUCCAGUAAAUAAGCCACAGAAAGCGGGCAUGAGUUAAGGUGGUUUACAGGAACAAAUCUCGGUUUCUUCAGCGGAGGAUAAAACAACUGGAAAGUUUUGUUUCCGGAGGAACCGUUGGAAUAUUGAGAGCAGCAAGGAACCAUUCAACUCCGACCUCAUAUGCAAAGGCUCCAUGGCAUAAAGCCUGUCCUCACAUUCAGCCGGUCCCUUGGGAGAGCUGCCGAGGAGCUCACUACUCUGACGCCCCGCUGCCAUUUUCCACAGCCUGAGGGGAACCAGGAAGCAGCCGGCAGGAGCCAUGCCUGCCCUGGCCACCGGAGCCGGCCACGAGCCAGGUCUGUACGAGCUGCUGGCGGCUCUGCCCUCCCAGCUGCAGCCCCAUGUCAGCCGCCCCGAGGACAACACCUUCCUCCAGGACAUGUUCGGGGAGAAAAGCCUCCAAUCGCUCGUCAAGAUCCACGAACAGCUGCAGCACUACGAACAGAGCAAACCCGUCCCCGUCCUGGACAGUGCCGCAGCUCUGGCCAAUGAAUUGUCUGAGGAGCUGGAAGGAAAAUCAGCCAAUGGAGAAAUCAAAGAGCUUCUCAAACUACUGGCCAGACCCCACGUGAAGAGCCUCCUGUCGGUCCAUGACACUAUUGCCCAGAAGAGUUAUGACCCCGAACUACCUCCACUGCCUGAAGACAUCGACGACGAUGAGGAUUCCGUGAAGAUUAUAAGACUGGUCAAAAACAAGGAACCUCUCGGAGCAACGAUAAGGCGUGACGAGCGCACUGGAGCCAUCCUCGUGGCCCGGAUCAUGAGAGGAGGGGCAGCUGACAGAAGCGGGCUGAUUCAUGUAGGAGAUGAACUGAAGGAGGUCAAUGGAAUCCCUGUGGAUGACAAGAAACCAGAGGAAAUCAUUCGUAUUCUGGCCCAGUCGCAAGGAGCAAUUACCUUUAAAGUCGUCCCCGGCGUCAAGGAGGAGGCGCCAACCAAGGAGCCAAAGGUGUUCCUGAAGGCACUCUUUGACUACGACCCUAAAGAGGACAAAGCCAUCCCAUGUAAAGAGGCUGGACUGGCCUUCAAGAAGGGCUCCAUCCUUCAGAUCAUGAGCCAGGAUGAUGCAACCUGGUGGCAGGCCAAACACGAGGGGGAAGCCAACCCCCGUGCCGGCCUAAUCCCGUCCAAACAGUUCCAGGAGAGGAGAUUUGCACUGCGGCGACCUGCGGCAACUCUCCAACCCCAGAAGACCUUGAGCCGGCGAUCAUCUGGGUUCAGGAGGAGCUUCCGUCUGAGCAGGAGGGACAAGAAGACCAACAAGUCCAUGUACGAGUGUAAGAAGAGCGACAUGUACGACAUGGCUGACGUGCCCACGUACGAGGAGGUUGUACCGUUCCGCAGGCAGAGUGGAGCUAAACACAGGCUGGUGGUCCUUGUAGGACCCACAGGAGUCGGCUUGAACGAGCUCAAGAGGAAACUGUUGAUCUCAGACCCCCAGCACUUCAGCGUGACCAUCCCACACACCAGUCGGGCCAAGAAGAGCCAGGAGACCGAUGGCGUGGAGUACCACUUCAUCUCCAAACAUCUCUUUGAGACGGAUAUCCACAAUAACAAGUUCAUCGAGCAUGGCGAGUACAAAGGGAAUUAUUACGGGACAAGCCUAGACUCAAUACGCUCCGUCCUCUCCAAGAACAAAGUGUGCCUAUUGGAUGUCCAGCCUCAUACCAUAAAACACCUUCGGACAGCAGAGUUUAAACCCUACAUUGUGUUCGUAAAGCCUCCUUCGAUCGAGAGACUGAAGGAGACCAGACAGAACGCCAAAAUCAUAUCGGGCAAGGACGACAAGGGAACUGCCAAGCCAUUCACGGACGAAGACUUCCAGGAGAUGGUGAGGACAGCCCAGGCGAUGGAGACCCAGUACAGCCACCUGUUUGACAAGGUCAUAGUCAACGAUGACCUCUCGGCGGCCUUCGGCGAGCUGCGGUUGGCGCUGAGGAAAGUGGAGAUGGAGACUCAAUGGGUUCCAGUCAGCUGGACUCACUCCUGAGAUCCGCACAGACUGCGAGAGGAGAAAAGGGAAGGGCUUUGACAAAAAUAUGCAGGUUUUUUUUAUCUUUCUAUGUCAGCUGUGGCUGGUGUUCGGGGAUAACGGGAAUAAAACAAGGCAGCGCCAGACUGCUGUGUCGCCGCACCUGAGCUGCACAGAGCUAAAAAUAAGCUUUCGCCUGAGAUCAGGUUGGAUUUCGACCUCAGCUGUGGUCUGGAUGUGGAUCUCCAGGUCUGACCAGAUCUGACAGAGCUGAGGCUAAGGGCUGCUCUCCAGAAUACAGGCCUUUAACAUUGAUCCUGGUCUCAGUCUGGGCCACACAACCGUGGCAACGACUUGGAGCUCCUCGGUCCAAGCCAGAAUGUGGAACGAGCCUGGACCAUCACAGCACCAGCAGUCCUGCCAGCACAUCAGUAACCUCGCCAAGCAGGACUCCGUCUUUAGUGUGUUUAUAACAUUAGACCAUUAGAAACCAAAGGGAUUGACAUAUUUCUUCUUGUGGAGAACUUACAUGCAUACGUCUGUAAAAGAACACAACCUCUGAGGGGAAAAAGGGGGAAAAGAAAACAUAUUUGCCUUCUGUCUUACUGUUUCUGUGCUUCUAUAAUGCUUCCAUGUCUCCAAACAAAACAUCAUCAGGUACACGCUUAAGAAAGGGCAGUAAGUGUAAUUUUAUUUAAGAGAAAUUAAUAUAUUUUCUAAUAUCCUCCGGUUGGUUUUUUGCAAACGUUUUUCUAUACAUAUCUUGACUUUUGACGCAACCUGAUCUCGACUGUAGCCACCUCUCUGACAGCUCCUCACACCCGAGGCAUCUCUUCUUUCAGUCAAGUGUUUUGAUUUCAUCACCCUAGUCUAGUUUUCCCCCUACAAAGCACAUACAGAGCCAUUUUAUUUAGGUGUUAUAUAUUCCAUUUAGGAGCGUUUCGAAAAGCCACUCUUCACAUGAAGGUGCCCAGCAUAACAGCUCUGCCAUUUAACGUCCCAGAACUGGACACUUGUGGCUGUCUGCUAGAAGAAAAUGUUCACAAUUGUGUUUUAUUAGGGUGGAGUCUUUAUUUUUAUUCACAUAAAAAAUGGCUUCGGCAAGGCUGCUAAUAGAGGGUCCACAGCACACUUCCAGGAUUUUAACUCAGAGAAAUGCUAAGUAGCCGCUCCUGACUUUAUGAGCAUUAGAAGUUUAUUGCUAAUUUGAGUCUCCUGUUCCCAGUCUAACUUACUCAUUUUUACUCAGUACUUGUCUUUGUUAACUUCUGACUGAUUUUCAAAGCAGCUCGUCAUUAAUCCUGGCAGUACUUUUUAUCAUUAACAAUCUUACAGUCCUGGUAGUUCUUCGGUUCUUUGCUGCUGUUGUAGUGAAAAACUGAUGAAGAGGAAUAUUUUACACUUUAAAGGAAGAGUUUCCCCUCUUAUUUGCUCCUUGCAAAGAGUAAAAUAAAAUACCUAUACUACUUUCAUGUCUAUACAAUAUUUAUUGACCCGGAGCCAAGAGACGCUUAGUUUAGCUUAGCAUAAAGACUGGAAACAAGGGGAAAUGGCUAGCAUGGCUCUGUCCAGUGUUCCUAAAUAUGUUCAGUAGCACCUCUAAAGUUAUGGUUUUAUGAACUUAUUGUUUCUGUUUUUGAAAAAGAUAUUUAUUUAUAAGAUUUAAAGGUGCUGGUACACAUAUUUUUUAAUUUUGGAGAGUGAGCCAGAGCAGUUAUUUUCCCAUGCUUUGUCUUAAUGCUAAGCUAAGCUAAUCACUUUCCAUCCUUGGCUGCAGCUGUUGUCUAUCCAACCCACUUUAGAUGAAACCACUUUUUGCAUGCUGACAAGGCCCCAUGAAUGGCUGCCAGCUUACGGCUAGCCAGCGCUAUAGAAAGAGACUGCUGCUGGCUAGCUAGUACAUGCAUGGAUGUACCCCUCCACCUGACCUCACGCAGACUACAAAGCCAUGAAGUUUGCUGAUCCCUCAGGGAGUCGGGGGGCGGUCCAGCCACUGAAGAUCUGUGUCUGUGAAAUAUAACAGUUACAUAUGGGUAGUUAAAGGGAAACUUUGCUGAUUUUUAUCUGCCGGCCUUUUGCUAGCAGAUGAGUAGUCUGAGUGGGCGGAAGUUCGCUGCAUAGAUCAGCCUCUCAACGAGCCACCCGCUGAGGUUCCGCCCUACCACCUCCGGUUGCAGUUUUCAACACGUCCUUUACUAACUUCUGCGGUGUUUGAUCUUGCGGGGAUGUAGCCAUUUUUCUGCCAUGGUUCGCGUCCUGUAGGCGAUAUUUUUGUUGGCGUGUCACACCAAAACCUGUUUCCCCCCGGCAAUAUUUUUGCAAGCGCACCGUUGCUGUGGCACCGCCCAGAACGAUUGUGAUUGGUUGAAAGAAAUACAAGCAGCCGGGGCGUUUUUUUUCUCCAAUCUUAAAGUGAUAGUCGGCCCAGCCAGACCUUUCUUUUCUUGAGAAAGGUCUGGUGAGCGAGACUAGCAGAUGAGUGGCGACACCGGUGGGGGGCAAACACCGCUCAUCUGGACACAUUGCCCACACUGUGCUAACAGAGCUGGUUGAAAAUCUCCAAGGUUUCCCUUUAAUGACUAGCUCAAAUGCUGCCAGCUACUGGAGAGGCAAACCCUAGUAAACAAGACACAUGGAUACAUAAAGGUCGCGGAACAUCCAAACCGAUCAUCCUGCUUUUAAGGACAUACGAGGGGGCAGCGGACAUAUGCAGCAAGUUGGUGGUGAGAAUGUAUAACGAGCGAGUAAAGUUAGCAAGCGUUAGCAGUGUGCUUAUGCUCAAAUGCCUGGCAAGUGCAUGUGUAAUAAUGUAUGGCUGUAACACAAUAUAGUCCCACCCACUUUAAAGUACCAAAAAAGUAAUUGAAAAGUUUUUAAAAAAUCAUUGGUAAAAUGUUUGGGAACCCUCCUGGGAACCUUUACAUCUUGUUACUUAUGUAAUUUACAUCCCAAAUUUUGCUACAUUUGGCCUCAUAUAUUUAUUUUCUACGUUGCGUUGUAGCAGGCGGCACAGUGAUUCAGUGGUUAGCAUUGUCGCCUCAGAGCAAGAGGCUUCCUAGAGCCCUUCUGGGUGGGGUUUGCAUGUUCUCCCCGUUUCUCCAGGUGCUCCAGCUUCCUCCCACUGUCCAAAGACAUGCAGGUUAAUUGGUGACUCUAAAUUGUCCGUAGGUGUGGGUUCAUCUUGUACUCAUGGGCGAGGUUUGUAGUGAAGUGUCGUGCAGAUACACGUCUCUAAGAGUGGGCUGGCAGCCAGUUGUUGGGCCAGGACGCUUAGCGGCUUGCUUUUGUCAUGCAGGAGUGGGCGUGGUUUGAUCUACAAUGGGUUGGAAACACAAUAGACGCACUCUUGGUCCAUACUCAACAUACAGACAUGAGAGUUGUAUCAGUGUUCUCAUUAAACUUGGCAAGAAAGCCAGUGAGUAUUUCUCAAAAUGUCAAAUUUAUACUGUAACUGUUUUUUUUUUUU